AUGGCUGCCUCUGCUGCUGCAGCUGUAGGCUCAUCUUUCUCUCCAUCAUCAAUUCACACCCUCAAAUGCAUGCAUCUCAAGCACUGUCCGUCUGAUCAUUCUUUCCUCAAAGUCUCACCAGCUCGCAUCAUGUUAACCUCGUUAUCUCGCUCUAAUUAUGUUAUAGAACCACUUUCACAAGUUGCAGUCUCAUGGAGGUUGCCAAGAGUAUCUGCUGCUGUUGCUCAAGAGGAGGCACCUCCACCUGCAAAUGCUUCUGCGCUGGAAGAGGAGGAGCUGACUUCUGGAGAAGCAGAAGGAGAAGCUGAUCAGGUCCCUGCAGUUAAUACUAAGCUUUACUUUGGGAAUUUGCCAUAUAAUGUUGACAGCGCCCAGCUUGCUGGAAUCAUUCAAGAGUAUGGUAGUCCAGAGAUGGUCGAGGUUCUCUAUCACAGAGAAACUGGAAGAAGCAGAGGUUUUGCAUUCGUGACAAUGAGUAGCAUUGAAGAUUGUAAUGCAGUCAUUAAAAAUCUUGAUGGAACCCAAUACAUGGGUCGCAUCUUGAGGGUGAACUUUGCAGAUAAACCUAAGCCUAAAGAACCAUUAUAUCCAGAAACAGAAUACAAACUUUUUGUUGGAAAUUUAUCUUGGUCAGUAACAUCUGAAAGUUUGGCACAAGCCUUUCAAGAAUAUGGUAACGUUGUUGGAGCAAGGGUUCUAUAUGAUGGGGAGACUGGAAAAUCCCGUGGUUAUGGUUUUGUAUGUUACUCAACAAAAGCAGAGAUGGAGACAGCCCUUGUAUCUCUUAACGGAGUGGAACUAGAGGGACGAGCAUUGCGUGUAAGCUUAGCUGAAGGGAGAAAAUCAUAA